AUGUCGAGCGAAAACAAUAAGUGUCAAGCACGAUUACCACUAAAAGAUGUUCCUAUUGAACUUCAACAGAAAGUUAUUGAUCUUGGUGGAAAACCUGAUCUUAAUCUUUAUAAAGUCUUAGCGAAUAAUCCAACACUUCUUUCAUCUUGGAUUGAUUUUGCUUAUUCAUUACGAUCGAACUGUACAACAUCCAGACAACUUCGCGAAUUAAUGAUUCUUCGCGGUGCACAACUCUGUAAUUCUCAAUAUGAAUGGUUUCAACAUGAACAAAUGGCGAAACAAUGUGGCAUAACAAUAGAAAAGAUUAAUUCAAUUAAAGAAUGGCGACAAAAUUCUCUGUUCGAUGAUAAAGAAAAAUUAGUACUCGAUUUAAUGGAAUCAUUAAUUCAAAAUGGAGGAGCAAUUAGUGAAGAAUUAGAUAAGCAAUUGAAACAAUAUUUUACAGAAGCUGAAUAUUUAGAAUUAAUAUUGACGGGAAGUUUCUAUGUUAUGGUACCAACUGUGCUAAAGGCUUUACGAAUUCCAACUGAAAGCUAA